GAGCAGAGCGGGCGGGGAGGGAGGCGGAGUGCGGUGCAUGACGGGACGCGGGUGUAAUCUCCACCUCACAUCCCUCCAUCAUCAGCCGCACGCUGACCUCUGACAGCAAACACGGAAGCAGCAUGGCGUCAAACAGCAGCAGCAGCACCGCACAGCAGAGACUCAGGAUCAUAGCCGGACAUUUGCAGAAACGGCCAGAAGAUGAACACCCGAGCGUCGCUGCGCAGGAGUGCAAAGCCGAGACGUCCCGAUCCAACCCGAGCAGCGCGACACCGGUGCCGAAGAGGAGGCAGGAGAUCAUGAAGUGGAAUGGCUGGGGUUACAGUGACUCAAGGUUCCUGUUCAAUAAAAAGGGUCAAGCAGAGUUCACAGGGAAACGGUAUCGGUUGAGUGGGCUGAUUUUACCAAGUCUGAAGGACUGGUUCGAGGGCACGUUUGGAGCCAAUUUACAGCAUAAAUCUCCUGCAACACCCACCGUGAAUUUAAGUGCAGUUGCUCCUCCUGACCUGAACGAGCCCUUCGUCGAGGAUCUGAAAGCUGCAGGUGUGGCCAUGUCACAUGACCCAGAGGACCGGGUUUUCCGAGCUCAUGGUCACUGCCUGCAUGAGAUCUUUGCCCUGCGCGAGGGGAGGAUAGGACGGGUGCCCGACAUGGUGGUUUGGCCGAGCUGUCACAAAGAUGUAGAGAAGAUUGUGGAACUGGCCUGCAAACACAACGUCUGCUUGAUACCCUACGGAGGUGGGACGAGUGUGUCCAGUGCGCUAGAGUGCCCUCGUGAGGAGACUCGCUCCAUUGUCUCUUUGGACACCUCUCAGAUGAACCGAAUAUUGUGGAUUGAUGAGAAGAAUCUAACAGCUCAUGUGGAGGCUGGAAUCAUCGGACAGGAUCUGGAGAGACAGUUGAAUGAGUGUGGUUACUGUACGGGCCACGAGCCGGACUCCAUGGAGUUCAGUUCUCUGGGCGGCUGGGUGGCCACACGGGCGUCAGGCAUGAAGAAAAACAUCUAUGGCAACAUUGAGGAGCUGGUGGUGCAUAUAAAGAUGGUGACCCCUAGAGGAGUGAUUGAGAAGAGCUGUCUGGGGCCCCGCAUGUCCACCGGCCCCGACAUACAUCACUUCAUACUGGGCUCAGAGGGAACUCUGGGAGUGGUGACUGAAGUCACACUGAAGAUACGACCCAUUCCUGAGUAUCAGAAGUACGGCUCCGUUGUCUUCCCAAACUUCCAGCAGGGUGUGGCGUGCCUGAGAGAGGUGGCCAGACAGAGAUGCGCUCCAGCAUCCAUUCGGCUAAUGGACAACGAGCAGUUUCAGUUUGGUCACGCACUCAAGCCUCAAGUGUCCUCCAUAUUCACGUCAUUCUUGGACGGGUUGAAAAAAUUCUACAUCACAAAGUUUAAAGGAUUUGACCCGCACCACCUGUGUGUCGCUACACUGUUAUUUGAGGGGGAUCGUGGGAAGGUUUUGCAGCACGAGAAACAGGUUUACGACAUCGCAGCUAAGUUUGGGGGUCUAGCAGCAGGAGAGGAUAACGGUCAGAGGGGUUACAUGCUGACGUUUGUCAUCGCGUAUCUGCGGGAUUUGGGAAUGGACUACUAUGUGAUCGGAGAGUCGUUUGAGACGUCUGUGCCGUGGGACAGGGUUUUGGACUUGUGCAGGAAUGUGAAGGAGAGGAUUGUAAGAGAGUGUAAGGAGAGAGGAGUACAGUUCCCUCCGCUCUCCACAUGCAGAGUUACACAGACGUAUGACGCAGGUGCUUGUGUGUAUUUCUAUUUUGCCUUUAAUUACCGGGGUCUGAGUGAUCCUGUUCACGUCUACGAACAAGUGGAGCAUGCAGCCCGGGAGGAGAUUCUGGCCAACGGAGGAAGUCUGUCUCACCACCAUGGAGUGGGAAAACUCCGGAAGGAAUGGAUGAAAGAGAGCGUGUCCAGCGUGGGGCUCGGCAUGCUCAAGUCGGUGAAGGAGUAUGUGGACCCCCAGAACGUUUUUGGCAACAGAAACCUGUUGUGAUUCACUAACAUUCUGUAUCCGCACAUUUUCUAUCAUCAUCUAGUCAUAUUUGAUUUGAACUUCAUAUAGUCCUGUCUUUUUCUUGGUGUGUGUGCGCACAGUAAUACGAUAAACCACUUCUCUGUUUCCCAUUAACUCGGUCCUCUUGCGUUAUUGUCACCUUUGACCUUAUCUUUAGUGAGGUGGUCACGUGACUUCAGUUCUCGGCGGUCUUCCUGAUUGAACAGGUUUUUGAUACUGUAACGUCUGGAUGCUUCUGUGUCUGGCACUACAUGUUGUGUUUGGGACAUUAGCAGUAACUGAAUUAUGCUUUUAAAAGCUGUGCCUUCUGUCCGUCUGUCUUCCACUCCUCUUUCUGAGUGGCUAAACGUUUACUGUCUUUUAUCCUCUCUUCCUUACUGUACUUUUGCCUUUUCUAUGUCGCCUGUCAAACUAGGUGUAUUAUAAUUUUUGGGUGAAUCUCAUAAAAGAAAUGUUCUAUUUGUAUAUGAACAAAAUACAUAAAGACAAUGGAGCCAGUUUUUUUGGCCCAUUAAGACCACUUAAAAAUCUGCACAAUUUCCCACCAAAUCUCACUGGAGUAACAUAUAUAAAAAUCGUACAGUAAUUAAAAUUAUUAAAAUUAUUCAUAUUACAAAAAAUGAAAAU